AUGACAAUUCUAGAAGAACUUGAACAGGAUAUUUCCGCGUUGAAGGAAGAAAUCAAUUCCUUAAAAAAGAAGGCAACGUCCAUCAAAGGAUCUAUUAAGGACAAAAAAACACGUUCACGCCGAAAGGUUUCCACUACGACAAGUGAUCCUGUUGCAUCAGAUUUUAAAAAAUUGUUUGAUCAAUUUCCUCAACUUUACAGAUUAUUGCAUGAUGACCAGCAGGAUCAAUCUGAAGAUAACAUCAAAAAUGUAGAAAAUGAAUCAAUGAAUGCAAAUAAUGUUAAAGUUCUUCAAACUCCUAGGAAGAAGUCACGAAUUGCAUCUGGAGGUGAUGACUUACCUGAAUCCGAAUGGGUAUUACGGAAUCAAAUCCCUCUAGAACAUCAAAUGUUUGAUAAUAGCAUUAUUGAUGACAUGGAUGUUGAUAUAUUAUCAUCUCCAUCAAAACGGAAAGCUGAAUUAAGAAAGAUAGAGUCAGAUAAAUCCCAAAAUGGUAAACUUCGGAACAAAGUUCUGAUUGAAAAUAUGUUUAGAUUAUUUGGUAUAACAUUUUUCCCACUAGUCGACCCUACAGAUUUGAAACUAAAUGACGAAACUCAAAAAAUUGAAAUCACAAGACAGAUGCUUGGCAUUCGUCUCGAUAUAUUCAAUAGUAAGAAGGCAUCCUUUGACAAAACAUAUUAUAUUUUGUUAAAGAGAUCAAAUAAAACGAAGGACAAACAAACAAAAGAUACUAAUACUGGAAAAUGGAUUGUUUUUAAACAUACUAUACCUAUAUAUAUAGAUAUAGAAAUGAUAAUGCGUGAUUUAUGCACAAGUGACUCAUCCUCAUAUGAAGAUGUAUAUAUUUUUGCCAAAGAGGUAUACAUUUUAUUACUAAAUAGCCUAGAAAGAGGAAAAAUAUUUGAGACAUUGGAGAUGAAGGGUUUAAUCAACAACCUUAAGAACGAUAUCGAUUCUACUAGCGUAUUGUUUUCUUUAGGAGCUAUCAAAAUACAGUUAUAUUUAGAUAAGGACAUAAUAACUUCCUGUUUGAUUACUCAAGGUGUACAAGAUGAGGUACUUAAAACAAAAUGGGAAACUAUAUUGAAUGGUCCAUUGGAUGAACUGGAAUUCAAAAUAAAGCAAUUACUUUAA